CUUUUUUAUGAAUGAUAGUAGAUUAAAAUACAGAACAUGGAUCAUAGCAAAAGAUCCAAAAAUCAAAUUAUUGAAAGACCUCUGAGUAAAGGAAGACAAGAAGUUUGUUUGAGUGUAUUUGCUUUACUAUUCAGUGAAAUGAUUCAAUAUUCUCAAGAUCGAGUGAAAUCUGUCGCUGAAUUACAGACGAAAUUGGCAGAUUUUGGACAUGUUGUCGGUUCCAAAAUGGUUGAUCUUCUGGUUGUUAGAGAUAAAGCGAGUAAAAGAGAAACGAAAGUUCUUAAUAUUUUACUUUUUAUAAAGGGAACACUAUGGAAAGCACUUUUUGGUAAAGAAGCAGACAAGCUUGAACAAGCCAGUGAUGAUGAUAAAACUUAUUAUAUAAUUGAAAAAGAACCAAUCAUAGCAAAGUACAUAUCUGUUCCUCGAGACAAGAGUUCACUCAAUUGUGCUGCUUUUGCUGCUGGAAUUGUAGAAGCUGUAUUAAAUGAUUCCAAUUUCCCUGCAAAGGUCACAACUCACUGGCACAAGGGAACAACAUUAAUGAUAAAGUUUGAUGAAAGUGUAAUAGCAAGAGACAAGGCCACAUGAUAACUUUAAAACAAAUUAAUUGAAAGCUAUCUCACUGUUUCUAAAUGAUACCUCUUUAUCUAUAAGAGGUGCCAUACGAUUCGCUAUUUCUGAUUUACUGAAUCUCAUACCAUUUCCUUUAUAAAACUAUAGAUGCGCCAAAAAAGCCUCAAAAGUUAUGUACUGAUACCUGAUAAACUAUAGUUCUUGGGAGAAGUCACAAAGGUACAUGCUUCUGAAAACAAAUAACUGGCUAACUAAUCAACAUGGACUGGUAACCGAACAAGAGGCCGUAGUUCGCCAUAUGGUUAAGCCGUCUUAUCGACUUUCCUUUCCCCCGGGAUAAGUAUGUAAAUCCUAUCCUAAUAUACUAAGUUAACUUCACCAUUCGGUUACGAGUGUGCGUAUGCAGCCUUCUUAAACCUAUAAUGACUACAUACGCCACGCCAUAUGUACUUGUGUAGACGCACUUCAAGAUUUUUAUUAUCGAUUAAAACUAUUUAUUGGAAUAAACUUCGACCAGAAGAAAUUAGACGUUUAUUGAGAAUAUUAGUAUAAAAAAAGUUAUUUUCUUCGCAUUAUGCAAAAUCCCAAUCCCUCUUGGUCUCCCGUUUAUUUCUUCCACUGAUGCAUAACAAUAUCAAACGAUGCUUUUAUUGUCAUCCAACCCGGAAAACUAAAUAUGAAAGUUAUAACGUUAUGUUUGUUUUCCAUUAUUAUCAAUUAAACCGAAUUAUUUUAUUUUUUCUUUGCUUCUAGCAAAUACUCCAUAUUAUCCUAUAAAUUCACUUUUGGCCGCAAUCGGCGUUAUGCGACGAGGAAUUUUACAGUAUCUAAAAUCUAAAUUUUAACUGGUAUUUAGUUGGGGUUGGUAAUGCUAAAUAUUUUUGCCAGAUCGAACACCUUGAAAAAUUGGUUCCAUUACAUUUGAACCCACGACAACUGCAACUGCAUGCCAUUGCACCUAUGGAAAUUUUUUUGGUUUUACGGAUAUUUGUACUCAUACUAACCUAACCCAUGGGUUUUAGCACCCGCAUAUUGAUUGAACCCGCGGAUAUACACAUGGGUUCAAAUGUACGGUCACCUGAAAAAUUUUGACUGGAGGAGGACAGACGUCGAUGGCUACUCAUUGUAAUGCUCCAGUUUGGCCGCUUCUACCGCGUAAUUUUAUUUUCUUCCAUUAGAACCCUUUUUCUUUCAGUUUGGGUGCUUUUUGCUCCGAACAAGACUAGAUAAAAUCAGUCACUGGUAUCGAACAAUAUCUCAAAGAAUCUCUCUACAGACUUACUUCGCUGUCGAAGUUAUCCAAGGAUUAUUGAUAGCAAGGCAGAAAAAGUCAGUUUUCGUUAAAUCGUUCAAGAAUAGAGUAGCAUUGUGUUGGAAAAGGCUUAUGUAAGAAUUCACGUCUUACUGCAAAUGCCGCAAAAUUGAAAAUUUUAAAGGGAGAGUCAUCUUCUCUGGUCGUUUAUUUUUUUAACAAGUUGCUGUUUUUAUUGUUCAUUGUAUAUUUGGUAUCGAAGGUAGGGCUGGGAUUGGUGAACCGAUUUUAGAUGGUUAACGGUUACGAUUUAUUUUACCCGUUAACUGACAUCUUAGGUCGGUGGUUCCCAAACUGGGGUACGUGAAGCACUUUCGGAGGGUUCGUGAAACAAAUCUGUAAUAUGGCUAAUAGCUUGAUAAUACAAAAAUUGAGUGCUUAAACUUGCAAAAACAUAUUUGUUGCUUCGCAAUCACCGCUGGAGACGCUGACUCUUCACUUUGUUUCGAUCACGCUGCCCCAUUAUGAUGUCACAGAGCCAUGGGUCCGUGAUAUCACAGAGAGAGUUCGCCACCACAAGUUUACUAACUGCUGACGCUGGUCUUUUGCACGUUUACCAAAUAUCGAAACAGACUGGGUGUCACACAUAUCAAUAGAGUUGCGCUUUAUAUUCUUUUGUUGGUUUUACUAUACGGCGCAUUGAUUUUUGUUGUGAACUUUUAAUGUUUUGUUUAGGUGCACAAGGCCGGAUAUCAUUAAAAUAUUGCAAGGGG